UAGGUUGAGGCUAGACUGUGGUGGCAGAGUGUUGCCCUGCGUUGUUGACAUCUCGCCACUAUCUGCUGUUUUGUGUACCCUAAAGCUUGCUGACCUUGGCGUGAAAUGUAAUCACUCACUGAACGUUUGAGUGAUGGCUUUCACAAAGCACAAUAAACGCUCCCAGGUAUCGACAGUGGUAACUGCAAAACAAAUAGUACAUCGCCUUCAAUUAAAAAAAAUAAAUACAGGAGUUUCUGUACAGCACAAUCAUUUUGCCAUGUAAUGCAGGCAAAUAAAUGUUCAAAACGGGUGGUGCAAGCAGUAAGCAAUUGCUGUGUCUCCUUUGUCAUGAGACUGUGCAACUCGGAUGAAAAGCUAACCACACAUCCUUGCGAUGGCAUGUACGUUUUUUUUUUUAAGUUUGUUUAAAACGUUCAGAUCAUAUUGAAAGCUCUGUUAAGCGUCUUUGAUAAAAGUCUACAGAGGACCAUGCAGAGGGUCAUCGCUGGGGUCUGCGCUGCUUCCAUCACACAUGAAGUGGCCAAACCAGAAAAACCACACGUCUAACAAGAGUCGUUCGAUUCUCCCUGCUGAAAGAAUGUUCUCAGUAAAAGCUGAACUGUUUUUUUGGUUGGUUUUGUUUUAGUGAUUUGUUUUUAUGUUCUCUUUCCAGGAACAGCAUUCCUCUUUUGUUUAGAUAAUAUGAGGGUUAGUUUGCCCCGCCUGGCCGCUCUGAAAUUUAGUCUAUUUUUAAAUCCUUUGCCUGAAAGUUGUAAUCUCUUUACUUGAAGAACGGAGCAGCACCCCCUCAGCAGGGUCUUUCUCUCGCUGUAAUUGCUAACUGAGGCUUGUGCUCCGGGUUUGAAGUGGGGACCCUGCAGACUGUUGCAGGAGAUGAAGCGUACCAGCGCUUUGUAGCGGUCAGCGUUACAAUUGCUGCGUUCGGUGCUUGAACUGCCUUUCUUUAAAACGCAAACCAAGCGAGCGCAAAGGGGAAUUGUGUUUGCAAGCCCUGGAGAACUCUGCAAUGACUGAGACUUGCUGUAUUUGUUAGGACUGAAGGUUUUUUUUUUUUUCUCCUUUGUUUUUAUCGGGGCACGAUCAUUUCAUUUAACCACUUAUUCUGAAGUUUGAAACACAAAGGGCACACAGAUUUAUCAGAAGCACAGAGUCAUAGAUUGCACUAGCCUUAGUUCUUUUGCUAGUGCCUUAGCGAAGGGUGCUGAGUCUUGGUAAAUAGUCUGUUACCAAAGGAGCCUUUUACUAGUGAACAGUGGCUAUUGCUCACUCGGGCACUGUUCCUAGUACUAUUGUACAUGGGGGGGGGGGGGACCUUGAGAAAAUAAAGCUAGAAACGAUCAUUAAAGUUUUAGUUCAUCACAUGGAAUUGUUUGACGAAGCAUUUCCAAACCCCUCCUGAUUGUAGCCGCUAGCAGAUGUAGGUUUUGGCACCAGAUGAUAUGAUAAAACGGCACACAACAAAGAAGUUAAUUCGAAUUUAAUUCCGAGGCACCGACACUGAGGAGUGUGGCUGAAAUGCAAAAUGAAAAAGGGGGGUGGCUGGCGAUUGUCUAUUCCAGGGAAUCGCAGCUGUAACCCAAUUUACAGAGCCCGUAUCUGGGUGGGUGUAUGUGAACCGGGCUCCUCCUCUUGUGCUUAUAAGUUUAAGACAGACCAUGCUGCCCACUUGCAAGAACUCCAGGGGUCUGGGAUACUGUGGCCGUGCCAGGGGCUGGGGUGCUCUGCAGUGAUGUCUUCAAUGCGUGCCAAUCUGCCUGCAGGAUGUGUUCCCUCCACCAGGAGAUUGUGUGUGCUGAAGGCGAGCUCUCUGAAGGCUCUCUGGGUGCUGUACCCUGUGCUCUGCCUUGUCAUGCUGCCCCAGAGGUGCGGUGCCGCGGCCCGGGCGCGCUGCGGCAGGGAGCUGGUGGAGGACCUGCAGUUUGUGUGUGGAGACCGCGGCUUUCACUACAGUAAGAGUUCCCGUUAUGGCACUCGGGGUCGCGUGAGAGGGAUUGUGGAUCUGUGCUGCAUCCGGGGCUGUGAUCUGCAGCUGCUGGAGGCGUACUGCGCUAAGCCCAACCAGCCCGGGAAACCCACUCCCAAGCCAGGCUCCAUGGCCACCCAGCAACUGAACCAUCCAAAGAGACCGGCCAGGGACCUGACCUCAGUACACGGCCAGCACAGGCAGAUGGUCUUCAAACAGCACCCCACUAGGUACGUCUGGCCUUCACAGUUCAGGAGACUCAAGAGAGUGCUUCUGGCUCAGUCGGGAGUGAAUCUGCGUUUCCUGAGCCUGCGUACUUGGGCGCAGCACAGCGCGGUCCUUUUGAAAAGAUUCUUCAGAGGGACCUAGCAGAGUCGAGAAACGAACGAGAGAUGUGCGGUCCGCCACCCCCUGUGAUCAACAACACAGUGACCCAUUAGAGAGUGCUGCUGACUGCUUGCGCUAAACCCUUCCCAGGGAAAUCCACAUGGUGUCGUCACCGCUCAGACAGGGUGUAUUGCUUUGACUCUCCUGGCUGCUUCAAGACAUCAUCGUCCUCUCCACCAGAAGAGAUCUAUAUCUGCUUUUGUGACGUCAGGUGCUGGCUACUAACCGGCCCAGGAAAGACCCCAAAACUAUAGUCUUACAGGCGUUCAAGCUGUGCCUGUACAUCCAAACUAAUACACCCAUAAACUCUGAGCUGCCAACCUCUGCCUUAUUUAUAUAAAAUGUGAAUCCUUCUGCACAGGUUUUUACUCUGUCUUUAAACAGAUAUUCACAGAAUCCUCAACAAUACAGCAGUGUUUCUGUGUGUUUUUUAAAAAAUAUAUUUUCUUACUGCAAAACUUGAAAAGCCCUUUUAGAAAGUAU